CCAUCUGACACUGGCUGGACCAACGCUCUUAUUAUGAACAACGUGUUUCAGGAAGAAGUUGGCGCCUGAAGCCCCGUAUGCUGUUAGCCUGCGCGCUAACGAGACAUCUCGUUGUAACGCUUCAUCUUCCCGUCGUUAUUGAAGAGUAGCAGAAUGAACGACAUGGAAUUCAGCGUCCCCCUGUCCUCACUGGCGCUUCUGGUCCCACCUCUACGACUGAUGUCAGCAGUGAUGUGGGAAGUUGUUCGCCAGCGCAACAUAAAGCACUAUGGGAAACUGGAGGAGUUUGUGUCCAUGGUAACAGAUGCAGUUCCUGAGCUGAUGAGUAAAAGGGAAGGGAGGCUGCUUUCAUUGGGCCUUAGGGCUAGGACAACUCUUGAACUGUUGCGUUCUGAACAUCCUGAGGACCUCAAGGCUGUAGAGACCCACCUUAACCGAAUCAGGUCUUCUUGCAUUGAGGAGACAAAUGAUCCUAUUAUUGAAGCACCAGAGGCCAACUUUAUGAAGCUGGUACAAGGGCUUAUUGAAGACACUGAUGGCAGAGAACAUUUCCUCAAGAAUGUGUUUCCUGUGGAGUAUGGCCCCGACUUUGACACAGCACUGGAGACUUUAGUUUGUGAAUUCUUCACAAGACUCGAGGAGCUGCUGCCAAUACCAGAUUUCAAACAGACUGCCUCCUGGAUCAGUGCUGCCCCCUCUGUCCUAGAGGAGUACAUGCAGUGUGUCUCAAAUGGAGAUGACCUUAAGUUUCUCCUCCAAAGCAAACAGUGCCAUGGAAAACUGGCAAAGAGCAGCAUUGCUCCGUUUCAGUCAGAGGAUCUGCUCAUUCCGUCUCUGUCUCUCCCUCCAUCGCUGGAAGUAGCCAUCGCCUCCCACCCCGGUGCUUGUGACGAUGAAAAUAACGACGUUCCACAGAUUGUUAUGUUCGAUGAGGAAUUGUCUACAAACCCGUCCACCUCGGCUGACUUUCCUGAAUCACCAAAACGGACUGACAUCCCAUCGUCUCCUCACGGAAGACUGCAGUCCGCGAUGCACAAAUGCACCGAGUGCGACAAGUGUUUCAAGCAUCAUUCGGUCCUCGUCGAGCACCAGAGAGUUCACAGCGGGCUGCAGCCUUACAACUGCUCCGAGUGUGGGAGGGCUUUCAGAACAGCCACCCUGCUGGCCGGUCACAGGCUGCGCAAAUGCAAAAAUGCUGCAUAUCUGUGUAUUAAAUGUGGGAACAGUUUUCCAACCUCGCUGGACAAAUUCCGACACCACUGCCCAAAACGGGGCCGUAACUAUGACUGUGGGCAUUGUGGAAAGAGAUUUCAAAAGUCCAACAGCUUGAAGGAGCAUCUGCUAACUCACGUUCAAAACCGGCUUUUCAAGUGCAGCCAUUGUGGGGUGGGGUUUUCAGGGAUUGGUGACCUGAAGUAUCAUCAGCAGGUAGAUCAUGAUAAGCCAUACCAGUGUAAACAGUGCGGAAAGAGCUUUAUCACUUCCAAGUGUCUGUCCAAACAUCAACAACGGCAUCAAGAGCUUGGUGAAAUUGAGACGGCAAAAUUAAUGAGUGGGGGUAAACAUAGAAAAGGUGGCUCAGGUCACCGCUCUUCUUUAGCCUCUCUGUCGUCCAGGAAGACGUCUAACAAAUCCGUCUACCCUCGCGGACGAGUCAUCCAUAACUGUCCUCUGUGUGGGAGGAGCUUUAAGUAUCGCUUUGAAUUCCUGGAACACCAGAGGUUCCACACGGCGGUGAAGCCAUAUAAAUGCUCCCAGUGUGGCAAAUCCUUCCGCACUGAGGUCCACCUCUCUGGACACAGGAGGAGAAAGUGUAAAAAUGCUGCCCACAUCUGUACCAAGUGUGGCUGUCAGUUCAGGUCUCUACACGAUCGCCUCCGACACCAGUGUGUGCAGCUGCUGACAAAAUACGAGUGUUCUCACUGCGGGAAGACCUUCAAGAUGGCCCACCUGCUCAGGAACCAUCAGAUGAGUGAUCACCAGCUUCCCUACAGCCCUAACCAUCGCUUCAGGUGCAGAUAUUGUGAGGAGACCUUCCCUGGGAUCAGCGAACUGAAGUACCAUCAGAGAAUUGACCAUGAGAAACCCUACCAGUGUCAGCAAUGUGGCAAGUGUUUCCUGUCUGAAAAAUGCCUAGCCAAUCACGAGCUACGCCACAACAAUGACAGACCAGAGAGCUGCCUGGUCUGUGGCCGCGGCUUUAGAAACCGCUAUGACCUGAAGCAGCACAUGCGCACCCACACGGGAGAGCGGCCUUACCAGUGCACCCACUGUUCGCAGUGUUUCUCCACUGCAGGAGGACUGAGGAGUCACACCCGGGUUCACACGGGCGAGAAACCGCACGUUUGUCCAGAUUGUGGGAAGGGCUUCUCCCAGAUUGGUGCAAUGCGCACGCACAGGCUCACCCACACAGGAGAACGGCCAUUCAAGUGCACGGUGUGUGGCAAAGGUUUCACAAUGGCACACAAGGUAACGGUUCACAUGCGCGUCCAUACUGGGGAGCGGCCGUACGUGUGCACUCAGUGCGGGAAAGCCUUCUCAGAUGGAAGUGUGCUGAAGCAGCACAUGCUGAACCACUCAGGAGUGAGACCGUACCACUGCCAGAUCUGUCCCAAGACGUACACGUGUCUGAACCACCUGAGGAGGCAUCUGAAAAGCCACUCGAACAUGAACUGAGCCACACAUGAAGAAAAACUGGAGCAGAAUCCAAUGACAUUUUACAAAUAAAAUGAAACACUGCCUUUGAUAGGGUGGUAUAAGCAAUACCUGAAGGACUAUAAGAAGAUGUUGUACAGUUGCUGUUCAAAUUGACUUAAAAAGUUUCAUUUUGCAGUUCUUGUCUAACUUUGCCAUUUGUUGAGGACUAUUGAAAAGUAACAAUUGAACAUUUGGGCUCUGUGUAAAUAAGAUGAAAGACUAAUAAUGUGAGAGCAAAGUAAAAAUUGUGACACUUUCAAUUCAAAAUGGCAUCACUUUAUUCCUCUUGGCCUUUUAUAUCCCAACUGUGGUUUGUGGAUUUCAGAUUAAAUGACCUUGUUACACCCUG